AAUAAGAAGAAGAAGAAGGAAACUGAUAAAAAUAGGAAAAAUAAUUUGUGAAAAAACCGGAAAAUUGAGUGAAAAUGGUUUUGUUGCGACAAAUUUCCUCAAUUAAAAGAUUAUUCCCUCAUCUGAGUAUCAAAUUAACCAGAAGAAAUGCUUCUAGCUCAUCCUCAUUUCUGGAAUUCCACCGGGAAUGGCCAGAAAAGGAUCUCAGGGAUUUCAUGAAAGACAUGACUGUGAUUCCGGAUUUCAUCUCGGAGGCAGAAGUAUCAAAAAUCCUUGAAGAAAUUGAACCUUACCUCAAGAGAAUGCGCUAUGAAUUUGAUCAUUGGGAUGAUGCUAUUCAUGGUUUCAGGGAGACUGAGAGGCAGCACUGGUACCCAGAUAAUAAGGAAACCAUCAAUAGAAUUAGGAAUUUAGCCUUCAAAGGGGAAACUCUGCCCCAUGUCCAUAUUCUGGAUCUUGCUGAGGAGGGAGUCAUUAAGCCACAUGUCGACAGUGUCAGGUAUUGUGGCUCAACCAUUGCUGGAGUGAGUUUGCUGUCGGACAGUGUGAUGAAACUCGUGAGGAUUGAUGAGAAAAAAUACCAACAGAGUCCUGAAAGUGACUACCGGAAGCAACCCGAUAAGAAUGAUGAAAAUCCCACGGAUCCUGGGUACUUUGUCAAUAUCCUCCUCCCUGCAAGGUCUCUCUACAUCAUGAGGGACACCGCGAGAUAUAAUUUCACCCAUGAAAUUCUUGGCAACAAUGAGUCUUCCUUCGGUGGGAAUCCUGUGAAAAAGACAAGGAGGAUUUCAAUUGUCUGCAGAAAUAAACCAAAAGAUUUUACGUAGAUCAUCAAUGAAGAAUGUUUUAAUAAAAAAUUCUUUAAGAUUAUUUUUUUGUUUUUUUAAUGAUCCGACUCAUUUUGUUGAUAAGAAAAAGACUUUUUUCCUGUAUCGCAGCAUAUAUUUCAUGGUAAAAUAUUUCUACAAUUUUAAUUAUUAUUAUUUCUCUUUACAAAAAGUGUUUUAGACUCUAUAUUUUUUUUUAUAUUGGUUUCUAUUUCACAUCAUUUCGAUUGUUGCGGUUUCUUUUUAGAGACAAAAAAGGUGUGUGAGCUGCACGUCUUUUAUCGCAAUCCAUCUGGUUAAUCAUUGUUCCUCCUCUGAUUCUCUUUUAUCUAUAUUUAUACUUUAAUCACCUCAUAAAUAACUAAUUUAUUAGACACUAAAUUUGAGAAGUUUUCUGUGGGGAGGAUUUUCUUUGCGUCAGCCAAGGAUGAGCUUUAGUAGAGAAUUUAAUUUAUUAUAUAAUAUUUUUAAGUUUUUCGCACAUCCUUUGCAUCUAAACGCCAAUGAUAAAUCCAUUAAAUUUUUUUUACACAAAGUAAUUUCUUAUUAAAACAACUUCUUAAUAGCACAAUAACACAAACAUUCCAAGUUCGUAAAGAUUUUUUUUUACAAAGAAUUUUUUCUCUGGGGAGCUGAAAGUCUAAAAGAAAAAUUUUACGCGCGUUCUUUAACCUUUAAUCGCACUUUUAUUGUUAUAUUUCUUUUAACAAAUUCUUUUUUUUUUGUUGAUUUAUCCCUUUGUUAUGUUAAUUUAUUGAUUGUUUGUUUUCUUCUCACCUCUCUCAGUGAUUUGCUAUUAUUAUGUUAUUAUUUUAAUCAAACUAUAUUUCUCACUGAAAUUCCUCUAAAAAAUGAAUAGCUAGUUCAUUUUUUUUUAAUUAAAUUCUAAUCUGUGUUUCAUAGAAAACUCUCUUCUGCUGCUUAUUUAAAAAAAAAACUACAAACAAAA